AUGGCUGUGACCAAGACCGGGCCCAGAGGGUUUGUGACAAAGAAGGUGGAAAAACUUGUGAAAUAUCUGGACCCCAACGACCUGGGGAGAAUCAACUUCAAGGACUUUUGCAGGGGAGUCUUCGCCAUGAAAGGGUGUGAGGAGCUGCUAAAGGACGUGUUGUCCGUGGAGAGUGCGGGGACACUGCCGUGCGCACCUGAAAUCCCAGACUGUGUGGAGCAGGGCAGCGAGGUUCCAGGACCCACCUUUGCUGAUGGCGAGCUCAUCUCCGGGGAUCCCAGUUUCUUUCCUGAGGACGAGGAAGAGGCAAUGACACUGGCCCCACCAGAGGGCCCACAGGAGUUGGACAUGGACAGUCCCAUGGAAAGCACCCAGAGCCUGGAUGUGUUGGUUGAGAGUCCAGCUGAAGAAAAGGAUGGGGGGCUCAGAGGCCUGUUUCUGCCAGAGGACAAGUCCCUGGGCCACACGCCAUCCAUGACGACCUCUGACCUCUCCACACACUCCACCACCUCACUCAUCAGCAACGAGGAGCAGUUUGAAGACUACGGGGAGGGCGAUGAUGUGGACUGUGCUCCCAGCAGCCCUUGCCCUGAUGACGAGACCAGGACCAACGUCUACUCAGACCUGGGGUCUUCAGUGUCUUCCAGUGCAGGGCAGACGCCUCGGAAAAUGAGACACGUGUACAACAGUGAGUUGCUGGAUGUUUAUUGCUCUCAAUGCUGCAAGAAAAUCAAUCUGUUGAAUGAUUUGGAAGCCCGGCUGAAAAACCUGAAGGCCAACAGCCCCAACAGAAAGAUCUCCAGCACAGCCUUCGGACGGCAGCUCAUGCACAACAGCAACUUCAGCAGCAGUAACGGCAGCACCGAGGACCUGUUCAGGGACAGUAUUGACUCCUGUGACAAUGACAUCACGGAGAAGGUGAGCUUCCUGGAAAAGAAAGUAACAGAGCUGGAGAAUGACAGCCUGACCAACGGGGACCUGAAGAGCAAGCUAAAGCAGGAGAACACCCAGCUGGUGCACAGGGUGCACGAGCUGGAGGAGGUGGUCAAGGACCAGGAGACCACAGCCGAGCAGGCCCUGGAGGAGGCGGCGCGGCGGCACCGGGAGGCCUACAGCAAGCUGGAGAGAGAGAAGAGCACCGAGGUGGAACUGCUGAACACGCGGGUGCAGCAAUUAGAGGAAGAAAAUACGGAGCUUAGGACGACAGUGACUCGGCUCAAGUCCCAAACAGAGAAGCUGGAUGAGGAGCGGCAGCGCAUGUCUGACCGUCUGGAGGACACCAGCCUGCGGCUCAAGGAUGAGAUGGACCUCUACAAACGCAUGAUGGACAAGCUCCAGAACCGCCUCGAGUUCCAGAAGGAGCGGGAGGCGACGCAGGAGCUCAUUGAAGACCUGCGGAAGGAGCUGGAGCAUCUACAGAUGUACAAGCUGGACUGUGAGCGGCCAGGCAGGGGCCGCAGCGCCUCAUCCGGGCUGGGCGAGUUCAAUGCCAGAGCUCGCGAGGUGGAGCUGGAGCAUGAGAUCAAGCGACUGAAGCAGGAGAACCAUAAGCUUCGAGAUCAGAAUGAUGACUUGAAUGGACAGAUCUUGAGCCUCAGCCUCUACGAAGCAAAGAACCUCUUUGCCACUCAGACCAAAGCCCAGUCUCUGGCUGCAGAAAUAGACACGGCUUCACGAGAUGAGCUAAUGGAAGCCUUGAAGGAGCAGGAGGAAAUCAACUUUCGCCUGAGGCAGUAUAUGGACAAGAUUAUCCUCGCUAUCCUGGACCAUAACCCCUCUAUCCUGGAGAUCAAACAUUGA